AUGAAACACGAAAAGACUGCCAUGUUCGGCCGCAAACGAGCAACUCAGAUUCCAGCAGUUCUGUUGUCUGUAUUCACCGCGACAACAGCUCUCUGUCCCAACGUCUACUUAUAUAUAGUAUCUCUGUUUCUGGUGGGAUUUGGAGCUGGAGGAUAUCGAGUCAACAGCAUCAUACUGUCCACUGAAUGGAUUGGGAUGUCCAAAAGAUCAUGGGGAGCUUGUGUGACUCAGCUGUUUAGUGCAAUUGGAGAGUGCGUCCUCGCUGGUGUGAUCUAUGGCAUCCGAAACUGGAGACUGGCUCAGCUGAUCACAGCAGUUCCGCUUGCAGUGCUUAUUAUCUACAUAUGGUUUAUUCCAGAGUCAGCCAGGUGGCUGUUAAGCAGAGGCAGAAAAGAAGAAGCCAAACAGCUCAUUGUCAAAGCAGCAGCCAUUAACAAACACCCUGUGUCAGAGUCUCUUCUGGACAAGAUUGAAGUGAAUAACACUGUGAAUAACGGAGGAAUAAAAAUCCUCUUCAGAUCAUCACUGCUGACCAGAUAUUUCUUUAUUAUAAUACUAUCAUGGUUUUCCGUGAACCUUUCCAUCUACAGUUUGUACUUAGACAUGCAAAACUUUGGUUUGAGCAUCUUUGUAACCCAACUGCUUUAUGGUGUUUUUGAAGUACCAUCUGUUUUACUCUCCAUGUGGCUGCUGGAGAUUUUGGGGAGGAAAAUAUUAUUCAUAGCAACCCUUCUGAUCGGAGGAGUCUCUUCCAUACUUAUCCUCGCUGUUCCUGAUGGUUACGCCAUUGCUGUCACAUCUUUAGCUGUUGCGUCUCGUUUUUUCUUGAUAUGGUCUGGCUCUGUUUGUAUGGUCUUUAUGCAGGAGUUGUUUCCAACAUCAGUUAGACAAACAGCCACAGCUUUAGGAUCCAUAUCAGGAAGAUUAGGUGGAUUACUGGCUCCACUGCUGAACUUGUUGGCCACGUACCACUCGGUCAUACCCAUCACAGUCUUCAGCUGCCUUACGUUGAUAGGUGGAUUUCUCGGCUUCUUGCUUCCCGAAACCAAAAGAAAAGAGCUUCCUGAGACGACUGAAGAGGCUGAGCGCAAUGGACAAGUUAGUCCCACAAGAAGAACAACUACCAGUCUACAUUCGUAUUCAACCAAGAUGUAG